GUAACAAAUCUGCACGUUCUGCACAUGUACCUCAGAACUUAAAGUAUAAAACAAAAUCCAAGGUAUUCAGGCAAAAAUUAGCAUGAUUGAUAGAAGAAUACCUUGCAUCUCAGUACUGACGUUGAAUGUAAAUGGCCUCAAUACUUCACUUAAAAGAUACAGAAUGACAGAAUGGCUGAGAAUUAACCAACCAAGUAUCUACUGUCUUCAAGAGACUCAUCUAACACAUAAGGAUUCACAUAGACUAAAGUAUUCAGUGUCAUUUGAAGAUGUGGCUGUGACCUUUACCCAGGAGGAGUGGGCUUUGCUGGAUCUUUCUCAAAAGAGUCUCUACAGAGAUGGGAUGCAGGACAUCUUCAGGAACCUGGCUUCUGUAGGAAACAAGUCAGAAAACCAGAAUAUGCAAGAUGACUUCAAAAGUCCUGUGAGAAAUCUAAGCAGUCAUAUGGUAGAGAGAUUGUUUGAAAUUGAAGAAGGCAGUCAAUAUGGAGAAGCCUUCAACCAGGAUUCAAAUUUUAAUCUGAAUAAGAAAAUUUCUACCGGAGUAAAGCCAUAUGAAUGCAAUGUGUGUGGAAAAGUCUUCAUAUGUCAUUCAGCCCUUCAUAGGCACAUCAUAUCUCAUACUGGAAACAAACUAUUUGAGUGUGUGGAAUAUCCAGAGAAGUUAUAUAAAUGCAAACAAUGUGGGAAGGCCUUUAUCUCUCUCAAAAGUGUUGACAGACACAUGGUAACACACACUAGUAAUUGACCUUAUAAGAGUACAGUAUAUGAGAAGCCUUUUGAUUUUUCCAGUGUAUUUCAAAUGCCUCAGAGCACUUACACUGGAGAGAAAACAUAUAAAUGUAAACAUUGUGAUAAAGCCUUCAAUUAUUCAAGUUAUCUUCAUGAACAUGAAAGGACUCAUACUGGAGAAAAACCUUAUGCAUGUAAGAAAUGUGGUAAAUCAUUCACUUUUUCCAGUUCUCUUCAACAACAUGGAAGAUCUCAUACUGGAGAGAAACCCUAUGAAUGUAAGGAAUGUGGCAAAGCCUUCAGUUGUUCCACUUAUUUGGGAAUACAUGAAAGAACUCAUACUGGAGAAAAACCCUAUGAAUGUAUAAAAUGUGGCAAAGCCUUUAGAUGUUCCAGAGUCCUUAGAGUACGUGAAAGGACUCACAGUGGAGAAAAGCCCUAUGAAUGUAAGCAAUGUGGUAAAGCCUUCAAAUAUUCUAGUAACCUUUGUGAGCAUGAAAGAACUCAUACUGAAGUGAAACCUUAUGGAUGUAAGAAAUGUGGUAAGUUAUUUACUUUUUCCAGUGCCCUUCGAAGCCAUGAAAGGACUCAUACUGGAGUAAAACCCUACGAAUGUAAGAAAUGUGGUAAAGCUUUCAGUUGUUCCAGUUCCCUUCAAAAACAUGAAAGAUCUUAUAUGUGGUAAACAACAACAACACGCAUCUAUGUGAGAAGUGUGUUAAAGUGUUCAGAUAUUCUAAUUUCAUUAGAACAUGUGAAAAAAUUAAAAACUCACACUAGAGAGGAACCCAAAACAUGUAAGGACUGUUAGACUGUAUGCAAUUUUCCUAGUUCCCUUCUAAAACAUAGAAGAACCCAUACUGGGAAAGAACCUCAUAAAAUGCAAGAAAUGUUUUAAAGCAUUUAAGUUUUCCAGUCACUUUCAAAUAUAUAAAAUAAUUCACAAUGGAUAAAAACAUUGUAAUUUUCAGAAAUGUAAAGACCUCAGUUUUUCCAUUCUUUUUAAAAUAAAGCUUACAAGUUAGAAAGUUUUUUAAUUUUUUGAAAUCAUAGAAGGACUCAGCGGAGAAAAGCCUUAUGAAUGUAAAUACAUGCCAAUUCCAUUUGAAGACAUGGAAGAACUAAUUUCUGAGAACCAUAUGAAUAUAGAGUGUUGGAAUGCCCUUAUUUCUCAAAUAUCUAUUGAAAAAUACAUGAUAACAUACAUUGGAGAUGGACCUGGUAAGUAAAAGCACACUGAGGUAAAACCCUGGUUGUUUGAGAAAAUACAGGAAAGUUUUUAACAGUUACUUCAAAAGACAAGUGAAAACUAUUGGAAUGAAAUCCUGUAAAUACAGGUAAAUAGAAAAGUAUGAUGAAAUUAUUGCAUAAUACUCAAAAGUUUAUAAAUGUUAUACUAGUUAUAUUUUUAUCAAUUGUUAAACAAGGUGAUUUUCAAUUGUUUUACAAGGAAUCAUUGAGUUGAGAAUUCCAUAGAUAAGCCAUAGUACAUGAGUUUAAUAGGCAUUUUUUUUUUCUCAUCCAUUAACAUGAUUGUUGUCUCUUCAUUAAAAAAUUUAUUGGAUCCCUAGGCUGAGUUGAAAUAUAUUUCUAAAUGUAGGCAAUUUUAAUUUUCAUUUAGUUAUUUGUUUUCUAAUUAAUGGAUCAUUAAAAAAUGAGUUUUUAAUUAUUGGAAAUUUCUUACUGAUCUUAUGUGGCAAGUUUUGGUUAUUCCUCACCCAUUUUGUGUGUGUGCAUGCGGGUAUGUAUGUGUGUGUGUAUAUAGAUACGUAUAUGUGUGUAUAUAUGUUUUAUCUUUUUAUGGAAAAAACUGCUUUUUUUGUUGU